AUGGUCUCUGCCGCCCCCGCUGCCGCCGCCCUAGCCCAAGUGGGAAGAAGGGAGGAGAGAUUGAGUCCCGGGGCCGCACAGACGGUCUGGGAGUUCCCAGGGCGGCAGGGCGGGGAGGGACGGUGGGUGGGCAGGUCGGCCGGCAGGCGGCAGAGGGCGGGCGGCUCCGACAACUCGGGCGCCCCCCGGCAGCAGCCGCCCAGAACCGCCCCGGCUCCGGCUAACAAUAGGCUCCGGCCGCAGCGCUCUGGCUCUUAUAGGCGCCGGCACGUCCGGACCGAGCCCCGGGGCAGGCUGGGAAAUGGAGUCUACGUGCUAGCCCUACGCCCAGCAGCACGCCGGGAGUUGGAGGCGGCUACCUGCGCAGAGCCGAAAUUCGCCGGCAAACAGACUCAGGAGGCGGCGGUUCCGCUGCAGGCUGGGAAAGCGAGUUUGACGCCGCUGCAGCCUUUUGAAGAGGAUGAGGGGCGACCCUCAGCUCCAGAUCUUCGAUGA